AUGUCGUUGUAUCCACUUACUUUUAAGCAGAGACUACUAUUGUUUUACAAUGUUGCAUCUACGACCCUUUGGUUUUGUUGUUUCGUUAGGUUUUUGAUUCUACUACCAUUGGUGGGAAGACGCUUUCUCCCAGGAGGGAUUGCAGAUUUCUUUCACGUGGUUGCUGUGACUUCCCUUAUUGGAAAUUUAUUGCUUUUGUCCUUGAACACGACGAAAUGGAAGUCACAAUUAUGGCCAUUAUUGAAUGGUGUCAAAAUGAUAUGGAUUUGCUACGGAGUUAUAUUUCCUCACCCAAAAAUUGCCAAACAUACGUCCUAUUCGUUUCUCAUAACGGCUUGGUGUUUACAGUAUAUUAUUCAUUAUAGCUACCAUGCAUUCAGAGUUAAAACAAGGAUAUCACCAUUUUUUUUGUUUUGGUUGCAAUACAACAAUUUUUACAUCGUGUAUCCAUUGUCGGUAAUAGCCGAAAUGAUACAGGUAUUUUUAAGCUUGUCGUUUGUCGCCGAAGAUUCUUACCAUGAAUUGGUGUUGAAGGCAUUGUUUGUGGGAUACAUUCCUGUUGCGUACUUCACAUGGGGUCAUCUCAAGUCAAGAAGAAAUACCAAAUACACAGAAGUUUUAAAGAGAAGACAAGUGAGGUCUAAUAUUGAAAUGACUACCAAUGUAUCAACAUCAUCUGUAUCAAGAAGGGAAACCAACUCGUAA